AUGUCUGCAUCUCCAUCAAAGAAGAAGUCAAAAAAGACGCCAAAAAAACCGUUUGAGGUCAAGAAAAAGGAGAGGAAGGAGGAAAGCUUUUGUGAUUGCGGGGGUCUCCCUCCCCACAAAAGAAGGACUGCAUCUCAGUGCCUAUACAACCAAACGACAAUCCGAGCGCAAAAGGCUAUGGAUAUGGACCUACCUAAGGAAAAAUACACAAUCAAUAUUGGUCUGCGGACUAUCACCAAUGACGACACAUUGUAUCAAGCAAUGAACACUGCUGUUGAUCGAGUAUCGCUCAUUCGGUUCGAGGCCUCAAAGCUUGCUUACUUGUACACUGCCAUGCAUGCAGACAAUGUGGACGCCAUGAUGGAUACUUCAUCUGAAGAGGGUAAAAGGAACCCAUUGCAAUCGGCAUUCUACAAUGAUUGCUUUCAGGCCGUAAGCGUCCUACCUAGCAAGCCUCGGCCAAUGGUGCCCGGAUAUCUGAUGGGAGCAUGGACACGAUACAAUGCAUUGAGAGUCGACCAACCAUUCACCAGUCGCGAAUAUCUGGGACAGAUAUUAACCUAUGCAGCUGACCAGAAUGCACUCAAUACAAGAUUGAAUAUUUUCCUACAUUUCGAUAAACGGCUCGAACGAUUUCUCACUUUGAAAAUGAGUCAUAUCGAUGGAAUGGUGAACAAUCUGGGAUACAACACCUUGAAAAGAUUUUCACAGCAUAUCGUCAACUCAUUGUGGAACGAUGGUGAUGAAGACGAGAAUAUGGAUUUCCAGACACAGCAGACAGCAGAAUCAUUGUGGACGAUUUUGAACACCGAUGUUCCGGUUACUGAUAAUCAAAGGAAUGGCGUAUUUGACAUUUACCAGGACAUCACCUUGAAACUUGGUCCUAUAUUACCGAUGUCGUACAAGAAGCUCAAGGCCAAUGUGGAGCACCUUUUUUCAUUGCAUAUCGACAUUCUACAGUAUCUGGAUGAAGCCGAAGCUCCUCAAAAGGUGAAGAUACCAUGUGACACACCGCCCAAGUUUUGGGUGCCAAAAACAGUCGCCAAGAUAUACGGCAAAUGGAAAGCAGAAGUACAAAAGCCAUCGAAUAGGACAUUGACGGCACUCGAGUGUGAAUUCAAAAACGCGAUUAUCCAACGUCGCACUUUCAACCCUCCACAACGUCUUUACGACCUUUUGACACCAGCAUCAAUGGAAAGCCUUUAUGAAAAAGUCGAUUCCACCAUUGACAAGAUCGAACGAGGGGUAUUCGCACCAUCGCGAAUCGUGCAGCCAAGCGGAUUGUAUCGCAAAUUUUCUCUUUUACCGCAGCCCUCAUUCACAAAAGUCAGUAUACAAGUCGACACGGCUGCGCUGUAUGAUAUCCUGAGACUCGGAGGGCAUCAGUUACCCACCGGCGGCAAAAAUGCGUUUUUGGAACAACGGGACGAACAUUGGGAUCGUUUCUUCGAUUUAUCACUAUUGAAAGGUGUGGGCGGCACGAACAAGCAUUUCGAUCAUUUUUUGACGACUGAUGGCAUCAAAGCGGGAUUAGUCUGCACAAGGCCAAAGCCGAACACCUGGAAGGAACAUGAUUUGAUGGGAAAGGACGCAGAGGGAGAACCCGAGAUAUCAAAGGAUAGCACCAUCUGGGGUUGCGAUCCUGGCAUCAGAAGUAUCGUCACUAUGACCAACACCACAGUUGAUCACGAAUCAAACGAUCCCCCUCAAGUCAUCGAAUUGACCGGCAAGCAGUAUCAUCACCAAUGUUUUCAUAACCAAGCCAGGAUCAAUCGUCAAAAGAGGUUAUUGAUGGACCCAACUACUGUGGAUCGAGAGCGUCGUGUGGUGCUACGAAAGACCGCGGAUCAAAGAGAAUACGAAGCUCAUUUACGAUCAUGUCUCGACAAUGGAACAUUCAAGCACUUGGUGGAAUUCAAUGGCAACAACAGAGAAGAUACAUGGCGAUCUUUCCGCUAUCGGCAGCGAACCCUUGACGAUUUCGCUAACUUUGUGUGGAGAUGCUCAGAUUCAGCAGCUAAGAAGAAAGAUAUUAUCUUGGCUUACGGCGAUGCAUCAUUCAACCACGCCAUGCGUGGCCAUCGUGCUAUACCAACACAUCGAUUCCCCAAGACCAUGGGACGACAUAUGACACUAUCAUAUACCAGCGAAUAUCGCACGUCGCAACAAUGCUCCCAGCUGUGUACGGAUGAUUUCCAAAGAUUGAAGAACGUGAAGCAUGAGGAUUCCAACAAUACCAUAUUUGCUGUUAAGUAUUGUGAAGACUGCAAAAUCUUCUGGAAUAGAGAUGAAAACGCAGCGCGCAACAUAUUGCACAAAUGCUUGAAGGACAAGAUAGAAGGCUACGUUGACCCCCAUUUUCAACGCCCUACUUCUUCAUCACGUAAUUAG